GUCUUGGCGCCGGAAGUGAACGGGCGCCCGCUUGCUCGGCGGGCCGGCGGGAGGGAGGGGGAGAGAGAGAGAGGGAGGCGGGGACGGUGAUGGAUCUGCUGCCGGCCAACCCGCACGGCAACGGCCUGCUGUACGCCGGCUUCAACCAGGACCACGGUUGUUUUGCAUGUGGAAUGGAAAAUGGAUUCCGAGUCUAUAACACUGACCCACUGAAGGAGAAGGAAAAACAAGGUGAGGCGUAUCGCCAGUCAGAAUUUAUGGAAGGAGGAGUUGGUCAUGUUGAAAUGCUUUUUCGAUGUAAUUACUUAGCUUUGGUUGGAGGUGGUAAAAAGCCCAAGUAUCCUCCCAAUAAAGUAAUGAUAUGGGAUGAUUUAAAGAAGAAGACUGUUAUUGAAAUCGAAUUUUCUACUGAAGUCAAAGCAGUUAAACUACGGAGAGACAGAAUUGUAGUAGUUCUGGAUUCCAUGAUUAAAGUCUUCACAUUCACUCACAACCCUCAUCAGCUACAUGUAUUUGAAACCUGUUACAACCCAAAAGGAUUAUGCGUUCUUUGUCCAAACAGCAACAAUUCCCUUCUAGCAUUUCCAGGAACACAUACUGGCCAUGUCCAAAUAGUGGAUCUUGCCAGCACAGAAAAGCCUCCAGUAGAUAUACCUGCACAUGAAGGAGUUCUAAGCAGUAUUGCUUUAAACCUUCAGGGGACACGUAUAGCCACCGCUUCAGAAAAGGGAACGUUGGUCCGAGUUUUUGACACUACCACCGGACAACUCAUCCAAGAAUUGCGAAGGGGAUCACAAGCAGCAAACAUUUAUUGCAUUAAUUUUAAUCAAGAUGCAUCCUUAAUCUGUGUAUCAAGUGAUCAUGGGACUGUUCACAUUUUUGCUGCUGAGGACCCCAAAAGGAAUAAACAAUCCAGUUUAGCAUCUGCAAGCUUCCUUCCAAAAUACUUCAGCUCUAAGUGGAGCUUCUCCAAGUUUCAGGUUCCUUCUGGCUCGCCUUGUAUCUGUGCCUUUGGUACUGAGCCAAAUGCUGUUGUAGGUAGUUAUAAAAAUGCUGAACAGAAACUAAUUUUCCUUAGAAAUAAAGUUCAGCAAUCUGGUCUGUUCUGUUGCAGCAAUUUGUGCAGAUGGCAGCUACUACAAAUUCUUAUUCAACACCAAAGGUGAAUGCACCAGGGAUGUCUAUGCCCAAUUCCUGGAAAUGACAGAUGAUAAGAUAUGAUGGCAAAAGAUAUGAAUGCGGAUAAUUACUUUUCAAACCGGUCUGCCUGUUGCUUUAGCCUGCCACCUAAAAGAGGAAAAAGUGUUACGUGACUAAACAAUGAUAAAAUGAGGAAUAUAAUGAACCUCCAGCAAUGGACCACUAGGCAGACAGCAUACAGAUGUCUCUGUUUAUUAUUUUUUUUUUAUCAUUUUCCAAUUCUUUUCUGGAAUGUUUUGGGUUGGGGGAAGAAUCCACUUUUUAUUAAAAUGAAUAGAAACACUUAAACUUUGUGACCAUAAGGAAGUAACCAAUCCUUCAAACUUUUCUUUCAUAAAAGAACUCUUGAACUGAUUGUGCCUAUUUAAACUUGUUUCUUUGUGACUGGAUCUUUACGGUAUGAAAUUUUGAAGCAGGUUUUUCCUUAGUUUGGUUUGCUUGCUGACACAGGAAAUUAACAUUGCCUAAUGUGAGCAAUUACUCGUCAAAGACGCAAGCCCAAAGGAUGGUACGGCAUCUCAACUCUGUUCCAUUCUAACUAUAUUUUGUGGCCUGUGAAUGUGAAAAGCUUAAAUGGACAUCAAAUUGCACAAUCCUGUUAACAGCUAAAUUGUUAACUUCAGGUCAGCUCAUGGAGUUAAGUGCACAGUGAAUUUUGCUUUUCCAGUUUGAAAUCCAUGAGUACAGAAAGUUAUAUUCUGGUGUCUGCUUAGAACAAGUUGCCCAGUUUGUUAUCAUAAGUUUUGUGCUAAAUGUAUGUACAGUACAAAACUCAUUUCUAGUUACAAAAUGCUGUUUUUAAUGUAGUCUACACACUAAUAACUUGUAUAUUGCUGAUGUAGAUUAAUUUUUCUUUGAAAGAAGGCCUGAUACUUUUUUUUUAAAGGAAAGGUGAGAUUUAUUUUUGUCUGAUGGGGAUUCAGACAUUUGUACUUGUCUGUAUCUGGUGCACUUCAGUGAAUAAAUUGGCAUCCAUGUUGAGAACAAAUCACUGUAGUUUUUGCAGAAUAAACUAAUACAAACCUCUACAUUAAAAUUUAGUGGCUUAAAACUAAUUUUGUAUUGAUCACCUUUUGCAUUCAAUCUAACUUUCAAAGGGUAAGCAAUCUUAUGAAUUUAUUUGUUCCCUAAAUUUGACAACUAAGUUUAAUUUUAACCGUUGUAAUAGUUUAACCUAAUUAGACCACCACAAACUCUUAGAAAAAUCCUCCCUGUGACCUGACUUAACAUCCAGUUUGGGUUUCAAUUUCAUUAAAGGCUGGCAAGUAAUCAAAAGCUUUUUCUGCAAAUAUUUCCUUAAUCAGACUGGGUGUUUGAACAAAAACUAGUUCAUUAAAUGCAUAGCAUUUUAUUAAAUAUUUUGGCAGUUUUUGAUCAGUGGUAUCUUGUAGGAAAGGAUUACUUAGUAUGAUUGUUAUCCCACAGGGUUUUUCCUGGAGAUUGUCAGAAUAGACCUAAGUGAAAACUGACUUUCUUUCAAAUGUUAAAGUCUAUUUAUUUAUCCAGACUAAUGUAGAUUUAUUAUGAAUUUUCUGUUGGCAUGUACAGAGAUAUGGUUCAUAUGUGGAGGUGGUCCAAUAAUAUUUGCUAUAUUUUAUGGACAGAAAAGGUUCACAAAUGUAACUGACAAACUACUGUUAAUCAGCAAAGUUACACUAUAAUCUUUCCUGCUUUUAUAGAAUUUAAAAUAUGUGCAGCACUGUACCUCAAACAUAAUACAGUUUGAAAUUGUAAUUAAUAGGACAACUGCAUGCAGACAUAUUGAAAAAUUCAGCUUAAGGUUUCUACAAAACUGCUUCCAAUAAGCUUCAGGAAAUUUACAGUUGAAACGGCAUUGGAUUAAGCGUGCUGUUACAUGUAAUUAACAGUUUUCACUAUAGCUUUUACUAUAGCUAUGUUCCUGUAAUUGUACAGUUAUUGAACUGAAUCUAAUGAGUUCUUAAGAUAACUUCAUAAUGCACCUUUCUUUGCUAAUGUUAGCCAGUGUUUUGAGCACCCAUUGUUCAUUCACUUCUGGGUUCUGUAGUGUAAAUUAAAAUCAAGUAAAAAUGAUGUACAUACAAGCGUGUGCCUGUGUAAAUUCUGUUAAUGAGAAAAGCUCACAGUUGUGUCCACUUUUUACGAAAAAUGUUUGAUUGUAUUAAAUUUUUUCACUAA